CACCACGUGGCGGCGCUGUGGAGCAGCAGCAGCGCCGUGGAUGUGGGGAAAAAAAAAACCAACAAACAAGAAUACUUCAGUAACAGUAGCAAUGGCGGCGUUCUGUACGUGGAAACCGUGUAAAGAAUCGGAAGAAGAACGAGCCGUUAUUGUGAAAUUUUCCAACGGCCAGGUGAAAAACAUCGAUCAGCUGAACUUCCAGCUUUUCAAGCACUCUGACGAUGUCAAUCCGAGAAAGAAACACAGGCGCAUGGUGGUUGCGGAAUCAGAUCGGUUGUCCUAUGUCGGGAGUAACUUCGGCUCGGGCUCGUUACAAUGCAACAACAUGUGCAAUUAUUUUGUGGGAGUUUUGAACAAAACCACCAUGAAGAUGAAGGUGCAAAGGGCUCAGCUUUUCAACCUGCAGCCAGUCAUACCAGGAGAAACAUCAGCAAAUACUGAUGACAAUGAGAGCAAGACCUACAGAGAGAAGUUGGACGCUCUCAUCGAGGCGUUCGGCACGACAAAGCAGAAGCGCGCUCUGAGCUCCAGGCGCCUGAACGAGGUCGGGAACGACACGCUGCAGAAAGCUGUGGCUCGAGCUGCCAGCAACAUCAUAGACCAGAAAGGACUGGAAGCAUUGCAGCAGGAUGUGGCAGAUUCACAGACCCUGACUGAAUCCAAUUUCUUCCUCCCGCCCUGUAACAGGGACGCAGUAAACCGUGAGGAUGUUUACCCCUUUAAUGACCUGCUGUCUCUAGCCGAGUUUGACUCGCUCAAGCAGCUUGGUGAGAAAAUGUUGGGACUUAUCUCUGAAGACAAGCUGACCAAAAGUGGCUCCUUACCUGAGACAGUAAAGAAGAUUCUGAAAAGUCUUCCCAAAGAGGGUGAAGAUCGAGACCGAGAAGCACGCUGUGCCUGGUACCUGUCUUACCUCAUCAGACUUGCACAGAUAAAAAAACUGCAGAAAAAGUUUGGUGAGAGUGAAUGUCCAUCAGUUGUCUUCAGGAAAGUCCAGAAGCACUUCACAGUGGAGAGUUUUGAUAAAGGAAGAGUGAACAGCACGGUGACUGCUUCUACAGUCAUUAAGAUCGCGUCCCACUGUCUGGCUUUACUGCUUCAUAUUGGAGACCAGCAAGUAGACCUGACGCUCCUGCACAGAGACCUUGCUAUCAGCGAAACCAAGAUGCUGGAGGUGGCAAAAGCCAUGGGGCUUAAACUUUCCCGCCAGUCCAUCCACAAUUUGGAGGAGUCAGGACUACAGGAUGACCACAGAAUGGCUUCACUGGAGCUUCCACUUGUACGCUACGAACGGCGGAUGGAGAGCCGAAAACGCAAGAAAAUGAAGUGAAAUGGAAUGACCGAAUGUACGUUCAUGAUUCAGUAACUCCAUAGACAUUUUCCAUUUUAAUGUCUGGUAAGCUUUAGGAAGGGAGAGACACAAGUGAAUGAAUACAAAUGAAUCGUUUAUUUCCCCACAUAAUGAGCACAUACCCUCAUUUUAUUGUGAAUAAAACGAAGUCAUUUGCUUGAAA